AUGAGCAUCUCGUUCGCAGCGCUCCAGCCUCAGAGGGGCCUACAGCGGCUCGGCCUCUCAUUUGGCCAGGGUGCGCUCCUCUGCCGACGAGGACUCCAUACCAGCAGCGUCGUUGGCAGCAGUCAGCGAAGGGCGCCGCGCAUGUACCGCUACGUCCAAGAUGUCCACGGCCAGCUGUUUCUGCACGACACGGUGCCCAAGAAUCUGACGUCGUGCUUCAAGAAUGCGCAAUUUCUCGACUUUUUCAUCGCGCGUCUCCGGCCUAACCCUGCGUCAGCUAUCGAGACAAGAACCUUGACGAUUUCGGUCGACGACGAGGACGCAUACCGAGGCCAGGAAGACGCAGAGGAGGACUGGACACUCGACGACGGCCUGGCAGAGGACGAGGCGUGCAGGAGGGCAGAUGCGAGGGGUUACCACUGGGUAAGCCCAUGCCAGGGCGAGCUCAACUUUGUCAGGUGCCAUGGGAGCCCCGUCGUCUUUCGCGACCUGGUCAAGGAUGACUCGGGCGAGGGUCUGGGCGGUGACAAGCUGAGAUGGGCUGGCGGGUACCAUGAACCGUUCCAGCCGCACAGACUCAUGGUCGAUGCAGCGACAGGAUACGUUUACCACCCUUCGCCCACGCCGCCCCUCCGGUCAGCGCAGCGCAAGAUGAGCGAGGGCAGAGAGAAGAACCCGUUUGGCGACUACAGCCUCCUGGCAUCGGCCCUUGUCCUCGAGCGCCUGGCUUCAUCGCUGGAGCUGGACCCCGACGCCUUCGAGCACGGCAAGGGCGGCAGCAUCGAGUGGCGAGGCAAACGCUAUGAAAUGGGCGUCCUCUAG